AUGGCGGACGUGGCGGGCCCCUCCCGCCGGGGAGCGACGGCGUUCUGGAGUCGGGACUUUUCUGAUGAAGAACAAUCAGUAGUAUAUGUUCCAGGAAUUUCUGCAGAAGGAAAUACCAGAUCAAGACACAAGUUAAGUCCAAAAGCUGAUGUUAAACUUCCGACUUCCAGGGUUAAUGCCGCUUCAAUCUCCAUGGAGUCUUUAAAAGGUGCAGGAGAUUCAGUAGAUGAACAGAAUUUCUGCAGGGGAGGACUAAAGAGUGCGUCAUUGAAGGAUUUGUGUCUUGAAGACAAAAGACGCAUUGCAAAUUUAAUUAAAGAAUUGGCCAGAGUAAGUGAGGAAAAGGAAGUGACAGAAGAACGAUUCCGAGCCGAGCAGGAAUCAUUUGAGAAGAAGAUCAGGCAGUUGGAAGAACAGAAUGAUCUGAUCAUCAAAGAAAGGGAAGCUCUUCAGCUACAGUAUAGAGAAUGCCAAGAACUUCUAAGUCUCUAUCAGAAAUAUCUAUCAGAACAGCAAGAGAAGCUCACCAUGUCUCUCUCAGAACUUGGUGCUGCUAGAAUGCAGGAACAACAGGCAUCCAAUAGGAAAAGCACACUUCGGUCUUCAGCUGUGGAACUAGAUGGUUCCUACUUGAGUGUAGCCAAAUCACAAACCUGCUAUCAAACCAAGCAGAGGCCUAAGGCUACAAAGCAGGACUCAGCUUCAGAAGCCCUUCUGGAGUUUAGGAAUAAUUCUUUGAAACCAGCAGACUUUCAUUAUCCCGAAACAGACCUAGACAGGGUGCCGUCAGAGACCAGAACAUGUGAUUAUGGAUCCCCAGGGAGAAAACUAGCAGAUGCAGUCCCUGCAGAGAAGGUUCCACCAGCGGAAUUGAAUAUGAAAGAAUGCCAAACCCUGAAGCCUAUUCCAUCCAGUCAGUGUUGUGGUCAUAGACUUUCUGAAAACGCAGAUCCUAUUCCUGAAAGCCAUCCUACACACAUGGCCCCUCAAUAUUCCAGAGCACAUCUGGAAUCAUGCAGUUAUUGUGGGCUUUCCUGGACAUCCCGGAUGCAUGGUCAAGGGACACAGCAGUCUAGUGAAACUGAUGUCAAAAAGCAACUCUCAGAAAAUAGAAGGCACCAACUUAUGCUUCAGAAAAUGGAACUGGAAAUUGAAAAAGAGCGCCUUCAGCAUCUGCUGACCCAGCAGGAGACAAAGCUUCUCCUAAAACAGCAGCAGCUUCAUCAGUCUCGACUGGAUUAUAAUUGGUUAAGAACUCAAGCUGUAUUUAAGUCAAGAGAACUCCUUGCUGCUAAAGAGUUUACCAAACCCCGAGAGUUCAAUCUGGAUAUGAAUGGGGAUGACUGUGGACCAAGUUUAUUGAAGUCAAAAUGUGAUGGGUGGCUGCUGGGAGCAUCAUCGUCCAUCAAAAAACACCAAGAGUCCACUAACAGCAGUGAGAAUAGAAGAGAGAAGAAGACAGUUGGGUUUCAAUCACAUACAGAAGAUGAUACCCUAUGGACAUAUCAAAAGAGAGAUACAUAUCGACCCCAAAGAGGAACAGUGGCAGGAGUUAGAAAAGAUGCAUCCACAUCUCCUAUGACGAUAGGAAGCCAAAAGGAGCUUGGAAUCACAAGCUCAUCAGCACUGCAGCACGACACUUCUCGGUACGAGACCUCUCUGCUGGAUUUGGUUCAAUCUCUGAGUCCAAAAUCUGCUCCCAAACCUCAACCCCAUCCCUCCAGAGAAGCUGGGGCCUGGAUUCACAGUCAUCGCCGACUCAGUCCUCGAAAAUCAACCUGGAACAAGAUGGGGACAGGCAGGACCCCCGAAGACCUGGAGGAGAAUCAAAUUCUGGAAGACAUCUUUUUCAUUUGAUGUUGAAACACGCUACAAAAUUUCCAUCUGAAAUGUGUGGGCUUCUUUAUAUCCUGAUCUAGGAUUUUAAAUUAUUUGAUCGCAAACUAACCGUGUCUCUCCUUUCACAGGGGCCUCUCUCACUAACAUCCUGUUAUGUGUUGAACAUAGAAAUCAUGUUACAAACCCAGAGUGGUUUUGAUCAGACCCCUCAGUAGGUGACACAUUAAGGGCAGAGUGGGGGAGGGCAGUAUCUUUUCUGUGCCAAGCAGAGAUUAGAAAAUUAACAUAGGACCCUUUCUACAUGCAAAGGCCUUUACAUAUUCAGCCUCAUUUCCAGAGUGUUUCCUUCUCAAUACUUAGUGGGAAAAGGUUGGUUCUCUUUUAUGCACAAGGAAGACCUUUUCACAGAAAAAUCCCUCUGAUUUAAAAGUAGCCCCUUUGCAACAUAAGCAGUUUCGGAAAGACAGCCUCUUUACCUCUCCACCUCACCUUUACCUCUGUUCCCUCAUUGCCUACCUCUGUAUACGUGUAGUCAUUUAAUUCCAAAGUUGGAGUUGGUGUCCCUACCAUCGCAAGCAACACCCAACAACCAAUUUCGAGUCAGUUCCAGUAAUCAUCAGCAGUAACCAAAGGGCACAGUGGGCUGGAGGGAGGGGCCCCAACCAAUCCUUGGAAACCAGCAUUAAGUCACAUCAUAGAGUGACUGCCCUCAGGAAAUAAAAUGGAGACACAGGCCUGACAUGCUUUUCCUGCCAUCCCCCCAUUUCCCAGGAUAAAUAAAAGCAAUAGCUCAGUACUUUUUACUGACCUAAGUGUCUGUACUUGUGAGCUGCCCAUGGCUGUCUCUGGGGAAGAUGCCACUAGGGAGAGGAGCAUCAGCUGCCACAGGCUGAGAGCCCUUCCCUGGUCCUCCCUCUUACCUCAUGAGGAUCAAAGGCCCUAGGUUGAUUGGGCCUUUGAUGUGCUCUGCUCAGGCUAUUGUCCCGUGACUCCAAAGAAACAUCUCUACUUGCCAGAUUCUCCUCCUCCACUCCCAAGCAGAAUCUCCCUAUCUUUUCCACUCCUCCAUUUGACCCAGAGAAGGCCUGUGGAAAAAGUACACUUGCAACCUUAUUCUCUCUCUUCUCCUAUUUGGCAGAGCUCUUAAGAUGGGUCCUUCAGCUUACAGUGGGCUCCAGUGGGUUCUCAUGCCCCUGGGCAGCAUGAUGAACCUGGUAGAACCAGUGAGUUGAUGACUUCCAGUCAUGGAAGCAAGGAAGGUGUGUCCCCAGAUGUGUCUACUUGGUGACCUUAUUUGAUCUGUUCUGUUUCUCUCUCCCUUUCACCCAACCCCAGGCCUGAAGUGGGACCAAGAGUCUUUGUCAGUCAGCAUUGGUAGCCAAGGUCAGACCACCCAGGGUGAACUGCAUUUAGUGAGCCUACAGGGCUUCCCUGAAGUCUUUAUCAAAACUAGAUUAUCUCAGCCUACAAAAGCCUUAUUAAACAGAUUCUUUAUGUGGAUGGAUUGAAAUCUCAUGUCUCUUCUGCCUGAGGUGCUACCCCCUCUACUCCACCUUCCUCCACUUGGGUCUUUUUGCUCUUUGAGGAGAAGAAUGGGAUCUACCAACACCAGUCCUUCAUCUGAGGUCAGGAUUGACUAGUUUUAGGCAUCCAGUUGAAAAGUUGAAAAAACACUGCAGAUUAAAGUAUCCUUUUAAAGUUCACCCCAUGACAGGAACUGAGUCAAUUUCGUCCCAUCCAGAAAGCAUUUGGAAAAUUGUGUUUCCUUUGGUGUGGCAAACUGGGGAGAAAAAAACUGAGAGCCCUCAGCCAUUUUCUCAAAUUGAGGUUUCUAGAACUAUCUUUUACUUGCCCCAGAUGUCAAGAGCACCUUAAGUACAUCCAGUUCCCUUGGAUCAGCCAUAAGCGCACACCCCAUUUGUCGCCAGUGUCUUUACAGAUCUCUAGAAUAAAAGGGUGCCAGAAGGACUAAGAAAAGGAUUAUGCUCUCUUUAAGAAGCUUGUUUGCCUUUAGAAGAAUGCUAAAUGAGACAUAAACUAAGGGAUUUUGGCAGGGGGCGGUGGUGGUCACGUGCCACAGAUUGGAGUUUAAUUGCUUCUCCCCCUGCAUGAGCAGUUUGGAAGAGCAAAGAUGGAUUUUCAGCAGAGUGUUGAACAACAUAUUUUUCAUAUGCACCAUCCCCACACCAGUUGCCUUUCUAUCCUAUAGGCAUUUCCUGUGUGUCAGGGCAAUAGGAUGUGAAUUUGUGUCUAAUCCAAUGUCUUCCUUAUGAACUGAAUGGCGUAUGUUAAUGUCUUCAUUUGUCUGACUUUGA